ACCGGGUAACACGGGAAGAUAAAGUUCCCUUCCUCGGUUCCCCCCUUUUAACUCUUUUUAAAAUGAUCAAUUAAACGAUAUCGUUUGGUAUCGUAUUUUAAAUAUUAAUCAAUUCAACGACAACUAUUCGCAUUGUGUUACGAUUAAAAUAAUUUAGAAAUUUGAAGCUUGAAGAUCUGGGACUUGUUCAAUAUUGUUUUCCCAUUUUUUCUAUUUAUUUAUCUUUUCUAUGCUUUGACGUCGACUCCAAGCUUGAAACGACAGCGAUCUAUUACUCACUGCAACUUCCCCUUUCUCUCUCCUUCUUCUUCUUCAUCUUCUUCUUCUUCCUCCACCGUCUUUCCUGUGCUUUCAUUUUCUCUGCAUUUCACUCCGGCCGGACUUCCUCUUCACAUUUUCAAGAAUUUGUCUCGAGGGAUAAGGCUCCAGUUAUUGGCAUUUAGUUUCGUGAUGCUUAAUAAUGGUGGAAUUUUGGAUUAGAGCUAUUGUCUAUUAGUGGAUUGUUUGAUUGUCAGAAUGAAGAAAAGUUAUGGCCGGGUUCUGGUUGCAUCGUUGUCUAUGUUACUGUUGAUGAUUUAUGUUAUCUCGAGAAGUUCAACUCGGCAAAAUUAUUAUGCAACUCCCUUGUACAAUUCUAUUGAUCCUCUUCAGUGGCUCAAUCCGGCAGUUCCACCCGCAGUUCAAAAUCCUGAAAUUGCGUAUCAAGUGAUUUCUGCUGACUCUAUAAUAUCCAGUCUUUUCACUCAGGGGAAUUUUACUGAUGGAGAGAAUCAAUCUCUUCAGACUUGGAAUCAUUUAAGAAGCAUAAUUAAUUAUACCAGAGGGUUGCCUAAUGCAGUAGAGGCCAUUAAGGAAGCUGGAGGUGUAUGGAAUAUUCUCAAGACUUCGAUUGAAAAGGAAAGGCUUGGUUCUACAAAUGAAAGUGCCCGUGCAAAGGAGAAGCAAUGCCCUCAUUUUCUAACCAAAAUGAAUGCAACAAAGCUUGACGACAAUGGCCAUAAGCUAAGGAUGCCUUGUGGCCUUACUCAGGGUUCUUCCAUCACGGUCAUUGGAAUUCCUAAUGGUCUUCUUGGUAACUUUCGAAUUGACUUGACAGGGGAACCACUGCCUGGGGAGCCGGAUCCACCCAUCAUUUUGCAUUAUAAUGUUAGGCUUUUGGGAGAUAAGUUAACUGAGGAUCCUGUAAUUGUCCAGAACACCUGGACAGUUUCUCGUGAUUGGGGAGAAGAGGAGCGAUGUCCAUCCGGUUCUGACGAGAAUGGAAAAGUGGAUGAACUGGAAAAAUGCAACAAGAUUGUGGGCAAUGUCGAAUCUCGGCUUUCUGAGUUGAACAAGAAUUUCAACAAAUCCAAAACAAGAGCGUACUUCCCCUUCAAACUUGGUCAUCCAUUUGCUGCCACCCUUAGAGUGGGAGUAGAUGGAAUCCAGAUGACGGUUGAUGGAAAGCACGUUACUUCUUUUGCUUACCGUGAAACUUUGGAGCCAUGGCUAGUCAGUGAAGUAAAGAUUUCGGGAGACUUGAAACUAAUUUCUGUCUUGGCAAGUGGUUUGCCUACAUCAGAGGAUUCAGAUCAUAUUGUUAAUAUAGAAGCAUUGAAAUCAACUCCCCUCUCUCCGGAUAGACCAUUAGAUCUUUUCAUUGGUGUUUUCUCCACAGCAAACAAUUUUAAAUAUCGGAUGGCUGUUCGAAGAACGUGGAUGCAGUAUCCUGAAGUACAGGCUGGGUCUGUUGCAGUUCGGUUUUUUGUUGGGUUGCAUAAGAACCAAAUAGUCAAUGAGGAAUUGUGGGAUGAGGCCCGAACAUAUGGUGACGUACAGAUGAUGCCUUUUGUUGACUACUACAGCCUUAUUACUUGGAAAACGUUGGGCAUCUGCAUCUUUGGGGCAGAGAUUGCUUCAGCAAAGUAUAUCAUGAAGACAGAUGAUGAUGCCUUUGUUCGAGUGGAUGAAGUUUUAGCUUCUUUAAAAAGGAUCAAUGCACAAAGUGGAUUGCUUUAUGGCCUCAUCAACUCAGAUUCUCAACCUCACAGAAACCCUGAGAGCAAGUGGUUCAUUAGCAUGGAGGAAUGGCCCGAAGAUAAUUAUCCAACAUGGGCACAUGGUCCUGGUUAUGUAGUGUCUAGUGACAUAGCAAAGACAAUAUCCAAAAAAUACAAAGAAGGCAGCUUAAAGAUGUUUAAAUUAGAAGAUGUAGCCAUGGGAAUCUGGAUCGCAAACAUGAAGAGCGAGGGCCUUGAAAUCCGUUACGAAAAGGACGAGAGAAUUCAUAUUGAAGGUUGUAAGGAUGAUUAUGUAGUUGCUCACUACCAAGGACCUCGGGAGAUGCUCUGUUUAUGGCAGAAACUUCAAGAAGGAAGUGGUGUUAGAUGUUGUGGUUCUGAUAACUAAGAGGACUUAUGUUCUAAGCAGCCCGGAUAUCGAGUAACGAUUCUGAUGAUCGUGGACCGGUACAGACUAGGAUUGACCCCCUGAAAGAGGUAACAUGAGAAAUCUUACACCCUUUUAACAAUUUCUAUGUAAUUAGUUGUUACUGCUGAGAUGUAUAUGAAUUAAAGAGUUGCUUGAAAUUUUGUACAUUUCAAGUGACCGAGAGAGAUAUGUUAAAAUGAGAGUUGUAGGCUGUACAGUGAGUAUAUAGUUACAAUAGGUAAUCAAUUGAAUUUUACCAAAUCGAGCUCGAUCACAAUUCAUUUUCAGUGAUGUUUGUGCUUAAAAUGAUUGUUGUUAAGUUAAGCUUGAUCAAUGAAAGAUAUCUAUUGAUUA